AGGAGGAAGAAAACCCCCAGCGAGGCGGCGGCUCUGACGGCUGUUACCAGAAAGCAGCCUGCGGCGGAGACCGGCUUCGAGCUGCGGCAGCAGCGGCGUGUUUAACGGAGACAUCCCCGCGUCCGAUUCUUCGAGUCUCAAACCCGCCAGACAUGACUUUCAGCGCCGCGUUGAUGCUGCUGCUUCCCGCCCUGUGCUGCCAACAGGUGGGCUCCCAGCAGGUGGGCUCCCAGCAGGUGGGCUCCCAGCAGGUGGGCUCCGACAAGUGCUGGGAGGCUCCUCAAACCGUAUGUUGCACCACAGCUGUCUCAGAUGUUGUUCAGGGACGUUGUCCCAUAAACUUGACCUCUGAGCCGCCCCCAGCUAUAGAGGAGAGCAGUGGGUAUUAUGAAAUGAUAACAGCCCACGUUUGGAUUAAUGCUUCUGACUUUCAUCAGAUUGAAGUGAACGGAAUCUCUAGAGACGUUUUCAAGCCGCACAGGAGCUGCAAAAUAAAGAGUGAUAGUGGAUCCAUCAGGUGUUGCAAGAAUUUGACCAACGCUCACCUGUGGAAGCUGGAGUUUAACUUCAAAGUUUACUCUAGAAAGAGCGCUUCUGUGUCGUACAGCUCAAAAUCGAUAAACUGCAGCGUUCGUUACGAUGUUCCAGCUCCUUCGCCAAACUUCAGCCUGUCUGUGAAUAAGUCGUCCAAAACCAUUUCAGUCCAUGUGGAUUCUGGAGCCCUGGUGAAAGUCAAAUGGUGUUAUAAUAAUAAUAACUUCUGCAGUGGUGGGGAUGCACUAACUACAAGCCGCUCAGCUGUUAUCACCGUCCCCUAUCUGCUGCCCUGUGUGUGUGUAGAGGUGUACUACACCUACAGAGAUGCAUCGAGAAGUAAAAAGUGCCCAUUUCGAAAUGAAAGCCUUAUUGAUAACAGAGAAAUCCUGCAGACCUCUGAGGUGACGGUGUUUGAGUCCUACUUGUUGUGGACCCCAAUGUGUCUUGAAUGCACAAAGAAAGUCUCUGCUGCCCUCUGCUGGAAGAUGCAUAAUAAUGUCUGCAUACCUGUUCCCAACUCCACUCUGGAGAAGAGCAAUGGACCUGUCUUGAAAAUCAAAACAUCCGCAAUGGAUAAACACCCCCAGAUAUGUGUGCAGUUUUUCAUCCAAGAUAGCCACUCCAUCUUUUGUCUCUUCGAGAGCCAUAAACCGUCUUGGGAAACACAUAUCACGCCAGUCAGACAAAGCUUGUUGGUGCAUAUUACCUCCACUGUGCCUGCAAAGUUUUCAGCUCAACUCUGUCUCCUUACUGAGGCAGGAUGUGUGCCUACGGGACAAAUCCACUCAGAAACAAUGGCCACCGAUCACCAAUCAAUCAGAAUAAAUGUACCCACUCAGGACAUUUCUGAGAGGCCAUGUGUGCAGGUGUGGCAAUCAGAUCCGGCUCUUAGCGGGAGAAGAAUCCUGUGCCCAGACUACACACACAACAGGAGGGGUGUGUACGCAUUUGGAAUUUUGCUACUUGUUGUCAUCUGCGCGUUACUUGGAUGUUUCAUUCGCCGUGCCACCAAAAGAGGAAUGGCAGGACGGCUGACCGUUCAGAGGCCGGUGCUGCUGGUGUGUUCGUCGGAUCAGUUGGCCCACGUCUCUGCUGUGUGCACCUUGGCCUCUAUACUGCAUGAGGAACUGGAUGCGCCAGUGCACUCUGCUCUUUGGGCCCAAAGCUCUCAAAUGCAGCCUCAGAAUGGGGCUAGUGUGGCAGACCUGGGUCCACUUCCUUGGCUGUACGGACAGUGGGAAGCUGUUCGCAAGGCGCAGGGAAAAAUGCUGAUCAUGUGGAGUCCUGAAGCUAAAAGCACUUAUCAGAGACAGAGAGUCAACAGGGUGGACAUGGAUAAGAGUUGGAGAACUGACAAAAUCAGGGCACCAGUGCAUGAUUAUUUAAAGGUGACUGGGUCUAAGGUGGAAACAAAUAACAAUGAGAAACGUAUAGAAAGCAAAAGAAUCAAUUGUUUUGAGGAUGAAGAUUCACAAAAGGGGCCAUCGACUGUGAUAAAGCCCGUGUUUGUGGCUGCUCUGGCUUCUCUAGAAGCAGCUCUGCUGGAGGGCAAAUGCAAAGAUGUUGCUAUUGUUUACUUCCAGGGCCUCUGCCACAGCCGGGACAUCCCGCAUGCCUUCAAAGGGGUCCCUCGCUUCUGUUUACCCCAAGAAUUCAGCAGACUCAUACAGGAGCUGGCAGAGGUGAGAGAUGGGACAAAAAGCGGUGAGUUCAGAUGCCACUGCUGGCCCAGACUCCUGUCUAAAGUUCGGUCUGUGUGGCUGGCUCGCCAGCUGACCCGGAGGCUACAAACAGUUCUGUCUCAGAAACGAGCACUGCAUGGUUCAUCAGCAAUAAAAACGCCAUUGGAUCAGACAAAGAGCAGGUGGAAGCUGCCUCUCGUUGGCUCGCCCUGCGGCAAAACAGAGCAGGAGCUUCUGCACAGGUAGCAAUGGGGAACUGGGAAGCUUUGAUCUCUGGUUUCACACACCACAAAUUUGCCUUGCGGGAAACAUGGUCCUUGAAACUCUGUGAGGUAACAUGCCACUGCUGAGGCUUUGGGAGUCACUAGAACCGUUUGUUGCUUGCCCUCACUUGUUUUGCAUAUCAAGGAGAGUCCCCUGGAUUUCACCACUCAAAACAGAGGCAGCUUUAUGCUAACCUCUCGUGAGAGAAGCAGAACACCUGGCUUAUCUCUGAAAGUUUGCUGAUCACUAUGAAAAUGGACUUGCAAAUUAUUACUUAACUUUCUUCAUGUACUCGCUCAGUGUUUUCGCAUACUGUGACAGCGGGCUGUGACCAACAGUACGGGCACUGUUCUCUGUUUCGGACACAUUUGCAUAGGAUUUUCUGAACACAUGCACACAGCCACGACAGUCUCAGGAUUUCCUUUGUUAGAAAGCAGCAGUGUUGAAAGACUUAUUUGCAAGUUUUGAUUGUUUUUGGCAAUUUUGUUGAUACUGCAGACAUGCUACCUCCUACAUGCAAAUGUCAACCAUCUAAACCAUCUAAAUGUCAUCAAGUUUACAACACUUCAUUUGUGUAAUUUGUCACCAAGAGUCGUUUGAUGAAGACAAAUCUAAUUCAGUAUUAGUUACUUAUUUAAAUGUAAGCUGUUACCUCAAAAAUCUCAGAGCGUUAGAGCAAGAAAAGCGUGACUGAGGUACUUUCCCAUGUCUACCCCUUUUGUACAAAAGAAACGUUGUUAGGUAUUUUCCUCGAACCUACAAUAAAAUAACCACAGACAACGUAUAUGAAUUAAAUAUGGUCAGGCUUCUGCAGAAGGAGAAAUCCCGAUCAACAGCUCCUCCGAGCUGCUCAAUAAAGAAUUCUGAUCUGCUUUCACGUGAGCUCCCUCUUUAUUGUCAAAGCAUCAAACAACAGAGGUCGUAAAACAUUUAACACAAACAGACCAACAACUCAGUUCCAGGUGUGAUAUCUAAUCUACAAUCUGAGCCCAGUUCAGCUCUGGGUCAAACUGUCACCUAAGACCGGGUAGAUAAACACCAGAGAAGAAGGUCUGAGAACCAUAAAGUUUUACCUCUCUCGCAUGAAGACAGUCGUAACCUCCAGGUCAGUUUAUACUAAAAUCACAAUAAUACUUUAGACUGAAUAUAAACUAAAGUAACAACAAAAUGAUAUUAAAAAAUAUCUAACAAACGUGUCAAAGGUCAACGGUUAAUUUUAUGCAAAGCAGUUUUAAACUGUAAGCUUAAACUGUAGAUGCUACAGGAUAUCUGCAGAUGGAUACGAUUGCCACUUUAGGAAAUGUUUGUGCAGCUCUUCUAAGUUUGUUUUAAUCGAUUCUGUAAGCCAUGUUUAGUGUUUGCCUUGCACUGCUGGCAUUUCAGAACAAUGUAGAAUAAUAAAAUGCUUUUGAUAGAAAACAAAAGUGAAUCUCAACACAUGUACCCUGCGUUACAUGACAUUCAUGGGGGGAUAAUGUUUCUACUGUACAGGACCUUGCAAAAAUUCACACACCUUGCACAUUGUUGUAUGCUUUUUUUAUUUGCAUUUUAAAUUAACAACAGCACAGAGUAGUGAGCAGUGGUGAAGUGGAAGCAAUUGCAGCUGAAAGUCUGUUAGCUAGUAAUGGCUUUCUUCCUAUCACUCUUCUAUAAAGGACAGAUUUAUUUAGUCCAUGGCUCAUAAUUUCACUGCUUACAGAUUCUCCCUCCCAAGCAGUGGAUCUCUGCAGCUCCUCCAGAGUUACCAUAAGAGUAAGGUUUUUGGCCUUCUUCCUAAAUAAAAAAGCUUUCCUGCCCAUCUUGUUAGCUUAGCUUUACCCUAUAGUUUACUAUGUUUUAUUAUAUUAUUCUCUUUCUUUCCAUUUUCAAAACAAAUAAAAAAAAUAGAGCAAGAUCUAUGUGAAAGAUCCAAAUCUCGGAAUAUGGUUUUAAAACUUUUCCUGCUUUUAACCUCUUCGCAACAUAAUCUCUGACCUUUCGGCUGGGUUCUUUAGUUGUUUGUUCACUUACAUUUCUUAUUAAACCUUCAAGAUCUUCCAAAGGAAAACUGUAAUUAUUUUCUGCUUACAUUGGAAUUUACUUAAGAAUAUCACAAUUAAGGCGAUGCUUACAAAUGAAUAUGUGCUGCUUGACGUAGAUCAAAUAUAAUCCUAGUAAUACUUUUGCAAACAUAGUUUGUAGAUUUUAAUUGUCAAGUGUUUUACCUGCCUUGCUGACCGCACUCAGACAUGGUUUAACUGUUUCGCCACGAUCAAAGGUCAUAAAAUAUAAACAAAAGCCUAUUCCACACCCAUAUCUUGAUGUUGGUGCAUUUUUCAGUAUGUUAUGAAGGUUGGCUGUGCUUCCCUGGCAGGCCAGUUUACUCUCACGAGUACAAAGAUGUUUAAUGUGGAGUUGAGCCAAACCCACUAUUUGAAAACUCAGCAAACCGUAUGGACUUAAGGGACCAGCAUGACUUUGUAUUUAAAUUUAUGGUUGAACUAAACUCUGCAGGCAUGUCUGUUUGUUAGAUAAGCAAGGAAACAAUCAGUGAACCUAACUGAUCUGUGCAUUUAGGUGGAGGCAAGUCAUUAAAUGUUGGCACCCAAGUGAAAAAAAUCAAACGCGUGGUUCCUGCAGAAAACUUCAUGACCACAACUAAACUGU